GGGGCCCUGCGGAGAGGGGCGCUGCGGGGCGCGGGGGGGCUGCUGCUGUUGCUGCUGCUGCCGGUGCCGCCGCGGCCGUUGCUAAAGCCCAUGGAGCGGCAAAUGGGCGCUCCGGCCCGGACGCUGGCGACCAUGACCCUCGGCCCGGGCUGGCCCCCCCUGCCUGCUGCUCGGACGGCUCCUCCACGCCGCCCUGGGCUACCUGACCGUCAGCAUCGAGCCGCUUCCUCCAGUGGUGGUUGGGGAUGCUGUGACUUUGAAAUGCAACUUCAAGACCGAUGGCAGGAUGCGGGAGAUAGUCUGGUACCGGGUAACCGACGGGGGAACCAUCAAGCAGAAGAUUUUCACCUUUGACGCCAUGUUCUCCACCAAUCAGUCGCACAUGGAGAAUUAUCGGAAGAGGGAAGACCUGGUGUAUCAGUCCACUGUACGGCUUCCUGAGGUCCGGAUCUCAGACAACGGCCCCUAUGAAUGCCACGUGGGAAUUUACGACCGAGCGACUCGCGAGAAAGUGGUGCUGGCAUCUGGCAACAUUUUCCUCAAUGUGAUGUCUCCUCCCCUCUCGAUCUCGGUCAUCGCCGCAGACACGCCUGCCCCCUUCAGCCGCUACCAGGCUCAGAACUUCACCUUGGUCUGCAUCGUCUCUGGUGGGAAGCCAGCACCUGUGGUGUACUUCAAGAGAGACGGGGAGCUGAUCGAGGUGAUCCCCCUGGCAGAUCCCCCAGUCAACGCUGCUAGCUUGCAAGAUGGCCGAGCAUCUCGGAACCUGCUGAACCGGGACCUGGACGACACCAAGAUGCAGAAGUCGCUGUCCCUCAUGGACGUGGAAGACCACGGUGGGAGGCCCUUCACGGAGGACCCCUUCAAAGGCCUCACCCCCGACCAGGGACUCCUCUUCAGCCCAGCCACAGACGUGGUCCCAGAGACUGUGGUGAGCCGGGAGUUUCCACGCUGGAUCCACAAUGUGGAGCCCAUCUACUACUUCCACCACACCCACAUCCCCCUCAGCGACGGGACCGUGGAGGUGCGGGCAAUGCUCAUGUGGACGCUUAACCCCCAGAUAGACAAUGAAGCCCUCUUCAGUUGUGAGGUCAAGCACCCCGCCCUCUCUAUGCCCAUGCAGUCCGAGGUGACCCUAGUGGCUCCCAAGGGACCCAAGAUCCUCAUGACCCCAACGAGGGCUCGCGUUGGAGACACGGUUCGCAUCCUGGUGCAGGGCUUUCAGAAUGAAGUCUUUCCGGAACCCAUGUUCACCUGGACCCGAGUUGGGAGCCGGCUUCUGGACGGCAGUGCCGAACACGACGGAAAAGAGCUGGUCUUAGAACGAGUGCCGGCAGAACUGAACGGCUCCAUGUUCCGCUGCACAGCACAGAACCCGCUUGGCUCCACCGACACCCACACCAGGCUGAUCGUAUUUGAAAAUCCACAUAUCCCAAGAGGAACAGAAGAUUCAAAUGGUGCAGACCCCGGCCUCACCAGCUCCAGGCUCGUUCUGGCCCUUGUCUUAACAGUGGUCUUCGAAAUGACGUGAAGCCUUCGCCAAGCCCCGGACCCCCCUCCCCCCAAUGGCUCCCGGCAGCACCCCACAUCUCCCUUGAUCGGUUUUCUAUUAUUUUUCUUCUUCUCUUUCUUCUUCUUCUUCUCCUCCUCCUCCUCCUCCUCCUUUGCUUUGCUUUCCUUUUUCUUUUCUAAACUAUUUACAGUCUUGUUAUCGGUCUCUUUCUGUCUGUGUCUUGGCUUUAUCAUCCAGUUUAAUUAAAAACAGAACAAUGACCAAAAGAACUUA